CUCCAACUCUCUCCUCUUCACAAUUUGCAACACACACACACACAUGACACAAGCACACACACCCCUAUUCAUACACAUACUCCAUAUGUAGCCCUUUCUUGGUUUCUCUCUCUAGCAGCUACUACCCUUCAAUUUCCUUAAUUCUCUCUCUUCUUGUUCUUCUUCUUCCUCCAUAUAGCUAGCUAGAGAGAGAGAGAGAGAGAGAGAGAGGAGGUGAUCAAGGGGGGGAGGUUGAUCGAUGUCGAUGAUGAGCUUCUUGAGCAUGGUGGAGGCGGAGCUGCCGCCGGGGUUCAGGUUCCACCCGAGGGACGACGAGCUCAUCUGCGACUACCUGGCGCCCAAGGUCGCCGGCAAGGUCGGCUUCUCCGGCCGCCGCCCGCCCAUGGUCGACGUCGACCUCAACAAGGUCGAGCCAUGGGACCUCCCCGAGGUGGCGUCGGUGGGCGGAAAGGAGUGGUACUUCUUCAGCCUGAGGGACCGAAAAUACGCGACGGGGCAGCGUACGAACCGAGCCACGGUUUCGGGGUACUGGAAGGCCACGGGGAAGGACAGGGUGGUGGCACGAAGAGGGGCACUUGUGGGGAUGAGGAAGACACUGGUGUUCUACCAGGGGAGGGCACCCAAGGGAAGGAAGACAGAGUGGGUGAUGCAUGAGUACAGGAUGGAGGGUGUGCAUGAUCAACAAGCUUCCAGCUUCUCCUCCAAGCAGGAAGACUGGGUCCUGUGCAGAGUCAUCUGCAAGAGGAAAUCAGGAGGGGGUGCAACCUCCAAGUCAAGAAGCCUCACCACCACCACCACCACCAUUGUCCAUGACACAUCCACACCAACCUCCUCACCACCAUUGCCACCCCUCAUGGACACCACCCUAGCUCAGCUCCAGGCCUCCAUGAACACCUCCUCCUCCUCCGCCAUCGCCGCCGUCGCCGCACUUGAGCAAGUGCCCUGCUUCUCCAGCUUCAGCAACAGCAUUGCCAGUAACAACAACAACAGCAACAGUGCUACUGUCAAUGCACAGCAAUGCUACCUGCCAAUUGUCACAGGUAGCAACAACAAUGGCAUGAGCUACCUGGAUCAUGGCCUGCCUGAAUUUGGCAGCUUCUUGGACACCCAGAGCUGUGACAAGAAGAUGCUCAAGGCAGUGCUGAGCCAGCUCAACUCCAUUGGGGGUGAGGUGUUGCCAGGCCUGCCUCCUCCAUCUGAAAUGGCUGCUGCUGUCAGCUCUUCUUGGAUGAAUCACUUCUAGGGAAAAAUAUUAUUCAGACAAUAUAAGAAUAGCUAGCUAGCUAGUAGUUGAUCUUCAGUGUGUAUGAUGAAUUGAUGAUUUGAUAUGGUAUACAUACUUAUUUGUGUGAUGGUACAAUAUUUAUGUGUGAGUAUUAAUAGAGCAUGCCAUAGUUUUUCUGUAAGGCAUAGGAAAAUUCAGGACUAAAACUAUGUAAUGAUUGCUAAAGUGUGUAUACUCAGAAAUCAGAAGUAGAGGUUUGCGUUGUCGAAAAAUUUUCGGAUCGAUGAUUUUCUGUCUAUCAA